CACCAGCCUUCCGAAGUCGCCCCUCAACCGGCCUCUUGCUCCUUAGCAAAGCCUGAGGUCACGUCAACCUCUCGAAACCCACCAGUCCCGGGCGCCGACUUUUCUCCAAAGGGGAGAAGAGAGGAAGGCGUGCGGUUGCAUGGUGCUUUGCAUAACCGUUCGCGCUCUCCUCCCCAGCCGUCGGAAAGCAGGCGAGAGUGGCCCCAGAGCCAAGCCCUCGUCCGCACACCACACGCCCACCCCGACUUGGGGCACGCUCUUCCCCUCAGACGGCCCAGCUCGGCGACCACGGGCCACAGCCGAAACCGCCCGCCCGCGCCGCUCCCCGGCUUGCGGCGCCCGCCCGCCCGAGGCGACGUCGCCUGCUCCUCCCCACCCCACCCCCCCGGGUGGCAGGUUCAGGCCCCGGGUCCGAGCCUGCGCCCCUGCAGCUGCCACUGCCGCCGUCGCCGCCAGGGGGAGUGUCCGUCGGGAAACGUGGUGUUGCUUCCUUGGUGUGAAGGUGCUAUCAAACUUCGGGUUUCUGUUCCUUUCCCCCGGUUUUUGAAGCGCGUAGAGGAAGAUGGAGACCGAGUCCGGGGCGCAAACGUCAAAUCAGACGCAAACAGAUUCAUUAUCUCCAUCCCCUAAUCCUGUGUCACCUGUGCCUUUGAAUAACCCAACAAGUGCCCCAAGAUAUGGAACAGUGAUCCCUAAUCGCAUCUUUGUAGGAGGAAUUGACUUUAAGACAAAUGAAAAUGAUUUAAGAAAGUUUUUUUCCCAGUAUGGGUCUGUAAAAGAAGUGAAGAUUGUAAAUGACAGAGCUGGAGUGUCCAAAGGGUAUGGUUUCGUCACUUUUGAAACACAAGAAGAUGCACAAAAAAUUUUACAAGAGGCUGAAAAACUUAAUUAUAAGGAUAAGAAACUGAACAUUGGUCCAGCAAUAAGAAAACAACAAGUAGGAAUCCCUCGUUCCAGUGUAAUGCCAGCAGCUGGAACAAUGUAUCUAACAACUUCAACUGGAUAUCCUUACACUUAUCAUAAUGGUGUGGCUUAUUUUCAUACUCCAGAAGUAACUUCUGUCCCACCACCUUGGCCUUCACGUUCUAUAUCUAGUUCCCCUGUGAUGGUAGCUCAGCCAGUUUAUCAGCAACCUGCAUAUCACUACCAGGCCCCUGCACAGUGUCUACCAGGACAGUGGCAGUGGGGUGUUCCUCAGUCUCCUGCCUCUUCUGCUCCAUUCUUAUACCUGCAACCUUCUGAAGUUAUUUAUCAACCAGUGGAAAUUGCACAAGAUGGUGGAUGUGUUCCUCCUCCGCUAUCUCUGAUGGAAGCUUCAGUUCCAGAGCCUUAUUCUGAUCAUGGAGUUCAAGCAACAUAUCACCAGGUUUAUGCUCCAAGUGCCAUCGCUAUGCCUGCACCUGUGAUGCAGCCUGAACCAAUUAAAACAGUGUGGAGCAUUCAUUAUUAAGACAAUUGGGCAGCUCUAGUCCAGCUCAACUGAUUUCUUGUCCAAUGAUCCUUGUGUGGCCGAGAUCCAGCUUCAACGAACCGGCUAGAAGCUGCCCGUUGUGAUACUUAGGGUUAGUUAAUACCUCGCCAUACUUAUUUAUUCCAUUAUAAGCUGUCUAAAUUUGAUGAAAUUUGCUUUUUCAGCUGUUCUACAAAACUAGGUAGUUGUGGCAUGUUGGUUUGCUUAUGUGUUAAUCUAACUGUAGUGACAUUUUCUACAACAUGUUUUACCAUUCCAUAAAUAAUAACCACAUUGGGAAUAGUGAGGUGUCUUUCAUUUUGUCUGCUUUGUGUUAUUUCUUUCCUUUCAGUCUUUUAGAAGUAAUGUUUAAUAGUCUUUGCUAUUUAUUUUAAUAUUUAGAAUGAGUCCUUUCUAAUAGAAUUUUUAAUACUUUCAUGCCUUUUAGUAGAAGUACAUUUGAUCUUAAUGAUUCAUUUCCACUAUUUGCUAUUUUGUCAUUUAAUAUACUUUUGUCUAAGUUUUUAUUUGUUACUCUACUCCUUAUUUAAUUUUGCUUCUGCCAUGGUUUUCAAAAUUUGAGUAAUAUUUAUAUUUUUAUAACAUUUUCCAAAUAUUAGAAAAAAUUCAACAUGAUCAGUGUUCUUACCUUUUCAUGUGAUUAAUUUGACUGUAUUAAACUUUUUCUCUCAUAUUUGUGAUAAUGCUGCAGCCUUCCUAUAAUAUAAGCCAUUUGGUACCAAAAUUUAUAUAAUAUGGAUUACCUAAUAGAAUUGUUUUGAUAAAAGAAGGGCUCACCUCUGA